CUUAAUACAUGGUGCCUUCCAUAAAGCUUUGCUACUUGACUUGUGCUUGCCACUGCUUUCGGCGCAACCAAAAGAGCCCUCGCGCCGUUCCGUUGGCUGGCCAAAGAACUUGCACCGGUACUUAUUUGCUGCUCACUUCAAGUCAGGAGCAUACAUGUAGCUUGCAAGCGCUGUAUUGUCGGCACAAACAGUGCUGACGCAGAGCUGGGACGUUUACGUGCUGCCCAUUUUCCCUCGAUUUUCAGGGGUUUACAUCUCAGUCUAAUAGAAAAACACCUAAAUCUUCAUAUUCAAGCGAACGGCUAACGCAAGCGUGCUCCGGGGGCUCCGGGCUGGGGUGCCAUGCGGGCUCUUUGCUCGCAAAGGGCGCACAGUCUGCUUGCGGUAGCUCUUGUGCGGAAUGGACCACGUAGCGCAUCCGAGGACGCGCUGGCUGCCUCCGGCUCGGUGCUGGGAGGCUCUAACACAAGUGCCGCUUGCGGGUUGUGGGGCGUCUGGGGGCGGAGCGGCCUCUUCGCACGCCACCGCAGCGCAGGAGCUUCAGCGGAUCCGCAGGCGGUGCCUGCCGCCGCCCAUAAGCAGCCAGACGUCUCAUUUAACGCUGCAGUAGAUGCAACAUCUGCGCAGCAAGUAACUCCUGCAGAUCCUUCAGCAGCCGCGUCGCCUCCACGACAAGCGCUAAACUUCCCAGCGGAUUUGGACUACCUGCCUGGCCGUGGCGCGGCAGACAGCUCGGCAUCUUCAUCUGCCACAGCGGCCGAGCAACAACAACAGCAGCACCAGCAGCUGCGGCAGCGCACCAGCGGCCGGGUGCGGCCCCCGCCAUCGCGCGACAGCAGCGAUGCGGAUAGCUUGCCGCCGGGGCCCUCCAUGCUCCCCGUGUGGACCACGGGGCCGGCAAAACCCAAGCCGCGCCGCAACCCGUCCAGCACAACCGGGAACAUCGGCAUCGGCAUCGGCAGUAGCACCGAUGCCGGCAGUAUCUCAGGCGCUGGCGGCGGAGGUGGAGACGGAGCAGCGGUGGUGUCAGCAUCGCCGAGUGUUUCUGCGGCAGUAGCAAGCAGCCCGCUGCAGGCGACGUACCCGACGGCGUCGGCGGCUGCUACAGCCAGCGGUGGCGCCGCUGCCGUACAAUCUGCCGUACAGCCGCCGCGCAUGCCAAAGUACAGCAACAGCUACGACAUUGACUACUCCAUCCGCGACUACGACAGCACGCCUCCCAGCAGCAACAGCAGCACCUACAGCGCCAACUGGACGCCGCCCAAGUGGGAGCAGCAGCCGCCGCUGCAGCCGCCGCCCGCUGCUACUGCCCCGACACCGGGUGCCGCCGCCAGCACCGCCGGCACUGUUGCUUGCACCGCUGGCAGUAUGACUGGCGGGAGCGAAAUCAACACGCCGGCGCGGUCGUCACGGCCCCCAGCCGCCAGAGCCGCGGCCAGCACCGCCGCCGGUACCGCCGCCAGCACCGCCGCCAGCCCGAGCACGGCGCACCACCCAGGAGGCACUGCGCAGCAGGCGGGGCCAGCCGCCGCCACCCACCCCCAUGCGCAACCCCAGCCGCAGCCGCACCCCCAGCCGCACAUACACACCAGCACCAGCACCGCCGGCAGCGGCCACAGCUCUUUGUACAAUGAGCCCAAGGACUUCUCAUUCGCGGGCCGUGUCGUGCAGCACGACGGCAGCCACGCCGUACACCUGCUGGUCGCAGGCGCCACCGCCCGCGACUACCACCUGCGGAUGGUGCGGUGCCACGCAGCCGACGAGCUGUCGUUCGGGCCGGGCUCCUUCACGGGCGGGGUGGGCACGGUGAGGCCCGCCUGCGGCCUGGGGCCGCCGCAGCCCGACGGCGGCGUGGGGCCGCCGCCCACAACCGUCAAGGAUGACGUGUCGUUCGCCACCUUCAUAUCCAGGCAGCUGCGGCACGUGGUGACGUCCACCUUCCUCCCGUCCGGCUACCCGGCCACCACCGGUGACAACUACAUAAAUUUCAUGGCCUGGCAGGGCCUCAACAACAUCGCGGUGACCGCCAACUCGGUGCUGGCCUCCACCUUCAUGCUGUACGCGGUGGGGCUGGGCGCGGGAGCCAUACCCACCGCCGGGGCGCUCAACUGGGUGCUCAAGGACGGCAUGGGGCAGCUGGGCACGCUGGUGUUCGGCAAGACCAUUGCGCACAACUUCGACGUGCACUCCAAGACCUGGUUCUUCCUGUCUGCGGUGCUACUCCAGGCUGCUGCGGCGCUGGAGAUGCUGACGGUGCUGGUGCCGGGCCACUUCCUGCUCAUGGGCUCGCUGGCAAACAUGCUCAAAGGCCUGGCCUGGAUGGCUGCCGGCAGCACUCGCUCCGUGUUCCACCUCAGUUUCGCGCGCGACAACAACAUCGCGGACGUCACCGCCAAGGGCACCUCGCAGUACAUCUUCGCCUCCCUGGUGGGCACCGCCGCCGGCGCCGCCAUGUGCGCGGCGGUGGGGCAGUCGGGCGCGGCCGCCGCGGCCUGCUACGUGGGGCUGUCCGCCGCCACACUCAGCAGCGCGUACCUGGCCGUGCAGGUGAUCCCUCUGGCCACACUGAACGCCACACGGCUUCAGAUGCUCACUGACGCCUUCCUCACCAGCAUCAGCCCCGCCUCGGCUGCAGCCGCGUCGGUAGCGGCUGGCGGCGUCGGCAGUAGCAGCAGCGGCAGCAGCAGUGGCACCGAGAGCAAGACCCUGGGCGUGUUGCGCGGCAGCGGCAGCAGCGGCAGCAGCGGCGCCGCAGGCGCGGGGCUCGGCGGUCGGGGUGUCGGCAGCGGUGGCGCAGCCGCCGGCUCCGGCGCUAGCUCCGCCGCCCGUCUGGGUUACGAGGAUGAGGAACUGGACGACGACGAGGAUGAACCGCACUACCACAAGCACCGGCGGCUGCGGCGGCGCGGCGGCAUUGCGUCCGACUUCGCCGAGGGCAUGGCGUACAGGGCCCCUUACGACCCCGACUCCAGCCACGCCGGCAGUAGCAUCCACGCCAGCAGCGGCAGUAGCAGUGGCGGCCGUAGCAGUAGCGGUAGCGGUAGCGGUAGCGGUAGCAACAGUAGCAGGGACAGCUACCCCAGCUAUCCCGACUACGGCAGUGAGUACGCGGGCGGCACGGCACUCGGCGCGUCAGCCGGCGGCGGCGGCGGUGGUGGUGGUGGUGGCGGAGCCGGCGGUGCGAGCGGUGCUGCCGGUGGCGGUGGCGGGCCGUCAGCAACAGGCUUGCCUGGAGGGGCCGGCGCCGGCGCUGGCCUCGGCGCCGCAGGCGCUGCAAGCAAGGACGGCGGCGCCGGCACCGCAGGUGCCGGCGCGGGGGCGGCGGGCGGAGACCGUUGCUUCGUGGGGGGCAAUGCUGGGAGCAUGUCCACGCCUCAGGGUUAUGACGCGUUGUAUGAUGACAGCCUGGACCCGCGUGUGCCCACGCCGUUGGAGCUGUGUGCGGCGGACCCGCCGCUGCCGGCGCUGUCGCGCACCGCCACCCGCCUCAAGCCGCCCAUCCAUGUGGGCAGCCGCCUGGAGCAUGUCGUGGAUGGCAACGCCAACCUGCUGGUGAUGCUGCUGACCACCUACAAGUACGCGCACUUCAUGGUGCUGCCGCGCACCCAGCCCGACAGGCUGCACGUGGUGCUGCACGACAAGGCAGACCCCCGCGACAUCGUGCAGGCCUACCUGCAGGCCUGCAUCCUGCGGCGGCGCAUGCGAGCCGCCACCGCCGGCCGGGAUACGCCGCUGCCGUGCGCGGACGAGCAGACCGCGGAGCUGCGGCUAGAGCUGCAGGAGUCGCUCAAGGCGGCUGAGCGGCUCACCACCAUCUUCAUGGCUGCACUGGAGGCCAACGGCUGGACAAUCUCCAAGGUGGUGGUGGAGGCGCAGCGGCGGCGGGCGCGUUGGUAGCAGCUGGAGCGUCACAGCGAGAGGCGCGCUGGUGGCAGCAUGAGGGGAGGGUCAAAGGGGCAAUAACAGGCUUGGUGGGCGCAAGGGGGGUGGCGCGGGAGACCCACACGGGGGCCUCCGUCCGACGCGCGGGGCGCAGCGAGUGUUUUGCAGCCAUGGCUUGUGAGCGGAGGGGACCGCCGUGUUUGUACAUUACGCGCUUUCGUGCGCCAGGGGCAUGAAAACGCGAAACCUUUCGUUGUAUGCACAUGGUGUUUGUACGCACAUGGUGUUAAUGGAAAUAGUCUCGUGUUUGUGGUCAUGCGGGCAUUGGUGGCAGAGUCUAGAGCGUUCAUGCGAGGGCCUCGGCGGCGCAAGCUUGGUGGCGCCGGGGUCUUGCCUUCAUUGCGGGUUCUACAGUAAUUGGUAGCACCAAGUGUGGCAGGGUAGCUCACAGAGACACAAACGUAUUCAUUUUGCAAUGCCAGACAAAAGCAGCGGGGAUCGAGCUGCUUGCGAUAUGCAAGACUGUAGAAUUCCACCCAGGACAGCACACCGCACGCCGCACACGUACUGAAUUUUCACGGUUGCGUGGGGUAUGCUUGUGCUGGGCAGGAUUCGGGUUGCUCGGUGUGAGAGCGUAUGUUGAGGUGAGAAAGGUACGGCAUGUAGCGAUGAAGACGAGGCUUGGGAGUUGGGUCCUGGGCAUGGGCCAAUUGUCCUUGUCAGGACUUCAGGAGUUCACGCGUACACGCCUACGCGUCGCAGGCUGUGGUCUUGCUGGACUGCUGGUCCGGGAGUACCGCUGUCACGUUACGUGAUCUUGACGGGCCAACUGUCCAGACAACCCUAUAAGCCAUACGCGCCGAUGCGGCCGAGUUGUUAUCGAAGUUGUUAGAGCAACUACGCACGUGAACGCGCGCGGUGACCACCGCAGGUAAAUUGGGCGAGUAAAUACGC